AUGCGCCGGAUUCUCUCACAAACGGGGAAGUGGGGUAAGCUCGUUGGUUUGCCAUCCCCGCUCCCACUCGCGCGGGGGAUGGUGAUUGACCACGAGGUGGUGGCCUUCGCCGGCCGGAUGUGGUGGGUCGACGUGAGCUGGGGUGCCGUCUCAGUCGACCCAUUCAGCGACCGACCAGAGCUCCGCUUUGUGGAGCUGCCGAGGGGAAGCGUGACGGAGCCCGUGACGGGGCUGCGGCAGCUGGGGACGUACCGCCGCAUGGGGGUCAGCGAGGGGAGGAUGCGUUACGCCGAGGUGUCCCAGAGGAAACCUUUUGUGCUCAGUUCCUUUGCCCUUGACGACGACGGCAGCUGCUGGACGCUGGAGCACCGGGUGGCCCUCAGCAGACUAGGGGGCUGGGCGGAUGGAGGCUGCCAAGGGCAGGACAAUGAGGACGCACCGCAUAUUCACUACUACAGAAUACAUCAUCGCAAACGCCCUAUCACCGCCGGUUCGUAA